AUGGCCGACCCGCUGAGCAUCUCGGCUAGCAUCGCCGGUCUGGUCACUCUCGCGGAUGUAGUUUUUCUACGCUUGACAAAGUAUAUCAAAUCAGUCAAGAAUGCAGAGAAGGAGGUCGCCGACCUUCGCAAAGAGGUCAAUCUGCUAGGAGGCGCCGUGAACAUGCUAUCGAGGUUAGCGAGUGGCCACGAGAUGGAAGAUGAGCCAUUCAACAAGGACUUCCGAAUGCACCACAUCGAAGGAUGCGCUUCCAUCCUCAACGAAAUUUCCCAGAGGACAAGAAAGUACGACACCAACCCAAAAGGCAAGCUCCAGAGGCUUAUGUGGCCAUACACGUCCUCGAAAACCAAAGAAUUGCUUGCCGACCUCUCCCGACACAAAGAAAACAUCAACCUAGCCUUGACGGCCAAUUCCAUGGACGCCCUCUUACGUUGCUUGGCAAACGAAGAGGAUAGGGCAAGAACGACUGCUGAUAUUCAAGCCGAUGUAAAAAAGACCCGAGAGAUCGUGGUACGGAUUCAAGAGGAUUCUCACCGGAAAAGUGUCCUCCAGUUCUUUCUACCUUACAACCCGCAGCCUAACUACGACAUGAGUGUCAAGCUGCGACAUCCGAGAACUGGCAUGUGGCUUGAGCGUCUACCAAUCUUCCAGACAUGGCUUAUGAGUCCUGGGUCACGACUGUGGCUGAGUGGUAUUCCAGGUGCAGGCAAAACGGUUCUCGCGGGGUCUAUCAUUGGACACGCUCUGGGACGAAGCUCCAAUACGGUAGCAACCGGUUUCUUCUUCUGGGCUUUAGCCCAUCAGCUUGCGAAGCAGAACGAACAAGCCUACGUGAUGCUGGAAGAAUAUUACUGCGAGCUUCAUCCCGAGAAAGGCUUAUCAGGCUCCCCUGACCCAGAUGACCUAAUCAAAGUCAUCCUAACGAUGGCCCAAGUCUUCGACCAGGUAUAUUUGAUAAUCGAUGGUCUGGAUGAAUGCCAAGAUACCACAGGAGAGGUUGUCCGGGCUUUAUGCGCGAUUGCCGAAAGCUCCGAUGAGAUCUCAAUGGCAGUCUUGAGUCGCGAUGAAGACAACAUUCGAGAUCAUCUUUCCGACCCGGAAAUUGACUUCGUCAACGUGCAAAUAGCAGCUCAUAAAGAAGACAUAACCGAGUAUGUCACUUCAGAAAUUCAGCAGCGGAUUAGGACCAAGCGACUACACUUCGAAGACCUUUCCCUGGAGGGCGAAAUUGUGGAUGGCUUAGUAGAGGGAGCAAACGGAAUGUUUCGUUGGGUUGCGUGCCAACUCGACAAUCUUGGGUACUGCAUGUCAGAUGAGCAGUGCCGAGAGGCUCUACGCAGUUUGCCACCCGACCUUCCCGAGACAUACAUGCGCAUACUAGAAAGAGUCCCCAACGCACAGCGAUCAUAUGUUCAGAUAACGCUGGACCUCAUUGCCUACGCUGAUCCGAAGCUCAGUAUUGCACAGCUACGGGAAAUCCUCUCGGUGCCAUCAAAUGGGUCGCUGUUAAAGGCAUCCGGCUUGAUUCGGGAAGAUGCAAUUACUCGGCACUGCAGUAGUCUGAUUCGAAGGUCAAACGAUGGCCAAUAUUUGGAAUUUGCUCACUUUUCGGUUCAAGAAUUUUUGACGAGCGGCGUCUUGAGGUCGUCUGAGUUCCAGAUGUUUAGCAUUUCAAGGUCCAAAUGCAACAGACUAUUGGCAAUGCGAUGUCUAGAGUAUCUCCAACUCGAAAACUUCAAUCGUCUUCCAACACCGACUGUUCAACACCUAUCGGAGAUUGAGAAAACAGCUCAGGAUCAUCCCUUAUACAGCUAUGCGGCAACGCACUGGAUGUACUACUCAAGAGAGGAGUGGGAAGACCCUGCUAUGCUAGCAAGUGCAAAGUGUCUCUUCGACCCCUGUAAAACGCCAUGCUUCACGUAUUGGGCUGUGGUUUUAGUUCUGGAAAUGAGAAGUUGGGCUGUGAAGCUUGGAAAUCAUGCGAAGGUGGACUUAAUAAAGGAGAUCCUCGACAACGACUUCCAUCCGUUGCAUUUCGCCGCAACGCUCUCUUUACCGGAGAUCAGCUCUUUUCUCCUCGCAGAUAUGGAGUGUCAGAGAAAAGAAACUUUGAUUGAGAGAGCCUUUAAAUGUUCCCUGGAUUGUCUGUACGGGUCUCUGAAGCUUUUAUGUGGGGGAACCUUCGACAGAUGGAAUGAGGCCCAACGCUGCUUGGGAACAGACACGUCCGGAACCCAUUAUACGCUCCAGACCAUACGUAUAUUCAUUCAACGCUUCCGCGGGACGCCGAAAAGCUUCAUCAGCCUGGCAAUGAGCUGUUGGGCACGGACAUUCGACUUCUCCGUCGUGGAGCUUCUAGUCACUGAAGGCACCACACUAGCCCGAAGUGAUUUAGAUUGCGUGUCUCAAGAACUGCAAAGCCUCAUUGAUAGCGACGGUACUUAUGUCAGCUCCGAGCGAAUGCAUUCACUCUGUCGUUUUUGCAAGUCUCUGAGCUGCAUGAUUGACAAGUCAGCCUUGCAUUUGGAGCUUUGCCGGAUCGUCUGGAGAUUCUCUCUGAUGCUAGCAGGUGACGCAGACGACGUCAAAACAUACAAUAUUGAUUCUCGCAUAUCUGAGGAUCGUCUAAGCCUCGAAAAGCUAGCAAAAUGGGCUUGUCAUGAGAUCAAUAUCGAUUUACUUCGGACGGCGGCCGGCGAUGCACGCAUAGACCUGUCAUCUAUCAUAGAUCUCAGCACUGGGAACACGCUGUUGCAUAAUCUGGUGCUCGGUGAUCAUGAAACAUUGAGGGAUGCAGUUGAUGAGACGUAUUGGGAAAUUGCAAUCGAAGCAAUGCUAGAUGUCUUGUUGGAUAAUGGCUGCAACCUCUGCGCGCGCAAUAACAAAGGGCACACGCCAUUUUCGCUGGCCUUAGAGCAACAGGAAACAGACUUGGCCCAGAUACUGUCAGAAGAAGAAGCAUUUGGAUGCGGGGCCUGGGAUUCACCGAUUCCCAUUCUCUUACUGAUCGCCGAAUCAGGUACCGAUCAGAUACUGGAUCGGCUCCUGGGCCUAGGCUUCCAGACUUCACCUGCCGAUUACUUGUGCGAAACCCCUCUACAUCGGUUAGGGGCUCAAACCACUUUCGCUUUCGCUGCCCGUUUUGAGGAGCUUUUACCCGGUUCUCGCGAGCUUCAGAGCGAUGGAAAGAUGCCAUGGGAGUAUUACCUUGAGAUCAUGGACUUCGAUCCCCCAUCCUCGGAAAUACUGAACUUUUUGAUUCAGCCUCUUCUUCUUGAUUCCAAGGAUGUGGAGGCUUCAAGAAUUUGGGACCAUUACACCAAAGGCUUUUCGCUUCCUGCAUCGAGAAAAGGGUAUCAAGCCGCUGACCAGAUAUUCACCAGCCUUGUACACACUGGUGUCUUGAGGCAUUACGAGAAAGUCCAGUCACAAUCUGGUCUUCUAUCUCUAUCUUCAGUAUUCUCAGUCUUUGUAGAGAAUCCGAGCACACCCAACUUUCCCUUGGCCGACUCCACAAUUUGCCUGUUGAUCGAAAGCACAGAGUACUGGUCAACAUUCCAAGAAUCACCCUCAGCAUGCCAACUUCUGAAGCUCUCGGCAAGCCUUCAAUACGAUAAGGCAGUGGAGCAGUUGCUGCAGCGGGGCGUUGAAGUCAACCGACGGGUUGGCGGUGUCUCCGCAAUUGAGCAUGUCUGCGCAUUACCAGCAAUCAACGACAAAAGCGUUUCCAGAUUUCAAAAUCUUUUGAAACACGCAGUUCCGGCUUUUUUGAAUCAAACGAAUCCGAAUUCAGGCUUGGGUCUCAUUCACAUCUCCAAUCCGCGAGAUAAAGCGCAUUUCAGGCGUAAGAUCCUCGAAAUUACAGUAGAGUCGGGUGCAAAUCCAAACCUUCGAACCACUACCCGUUUUCAAUCACCAGGAAUGGUUUAUCAUUUGGAAGAGCGGAAUUUCGACCUGGCAAGCGUUCUCCUCGAGCGAGGAGCUGAUCUCACAAUCCUAUGCAAAGACGGAUGGAGUCCACUUCAUAUGGCAGCUUUCCGAAAUGCGACAGGUUUCUUAUCGAAACUCAUUUCACCGAAAGACUCCUAUGGGACAUUGAAUUGGGAAAUUGGAUGUCGAUAG